GAGGACUCAGGACAGUCGAAGGAGGUGAACUGACGUUCGGGAAAAUUCAUCGAGCUCCGUAUAGCAAUCCUUUCCUUCAAGAUGUUCUUCACGGUUCAUGCGAAGUCCGCCGUGCCUAGUGGCGACGCUGAGAAAGGGAAAAAAAUAUUCGUGCAAAGAUGCUCCCAGUGCCACACGGUGGACAAAGGAGCCGGUCACAAAGUAGGACCCAAUCUGCAUGGACUGUUCGGUCGAAAAACUGGCCAGGCCGCCGGAUACUCUUACACCGCCGCGAACCAGGCCAAGGGAAUCACCUGGGGUGAGGACACCCUCUUCGAGUAUCUGCUCGACCCGAAAAAAUACAUUCCCGGGACGAAGAUGGUGUUCGCUGGUCUUAAGAAACCCCAAGACCGCGCGGAUCUGAUCGCCUACUUGAAGCAGUCGACGAAGUGAGCUCCGCUCGCCCGACUCCGCUCGGUCAGAUCAUUGCAGGAUCACCGCUACCAUUGAGCAAGGUUCGCUCGUUUGUUAGUGCGUUUGAAAUGAAUAAAACACAAAAUUCCUAGAUCAGAA